CAACGUUUGGUCAACCCUAGAGCUCGAAACACUGCACCCCUUCAUCUCGGUCAUAACCACAGUGGCCCGCCUCCUUAUCCAGCACCAGCAAGAGAAGCAUUCACUCAUGACCAGGCCCUGCUGGCAGCAGUCGAAGCAUAACCUGUGCACUCGAUGAGCGUGCGGCAGUGAGCUCCGCCAAAUCAUGAGAUAGCCAUCAUCAUGGAGCCCUUCUCUUUUGGCAGCUCCAACACACUCGAUCAUCCUGUCAGCAUUCGAAUCAUCAACCUCGAGGGUGACGAGACCCCUUACUUGUUCUCUACCCUACUCGAAAGGCCGGAGCUCAGGCACAUCGGCUCAAACCAGAGCUCCAACUCGGAUCUAUACGUGACAGUCCAACUAUGGGCCGGUUCUAAACCCCUGACAGUCCCAGUCCAGACCUCGUACAAGGCUUUCCGGAACGAGAGAAACUGGAAUGAGUGGCUGACGCUGCCCAUCCCCUACAAGUCGCUACCACUGAACUCGUGCCUCGCCAUCACUCUCUGGGAUCUGUCUCCGACAGGCGGCAAGCAUGCGCAUGGCCAUGCUGUGCCCUUCGGUGGGACGACGUUGCCACUGUUUGAUAAGGAAAAUCAGCUUCAGAAGGGGCGUCAGAAGUGUGUGAUAUAUCGCCAUGAACAGGCAGAUGGCAACGACAACACGACAACUCCUUCUAGUAUUCAGAAGCGAAGGCAGGACCCGAAGAAAGGUGAUGCCCAGCCAGUCAACAAGGAUGCCGAGGAGCUAGAGCGGAUAGAGCGGCUACUCAAAAAACACGAGAUGAACGAAAUCCCUCGCGUGGAGUGGUUGGACCAGCUGGUAUACAGGGGAGCUGAACGUCGCAGUAUCAACGCCGCCAAGAACACUGUCAAAUUACUUCAGCGUGAAUCGGUGCGGCAGGCCGAGAACGAGAACGGACAAGAUUCCUCUGAUAAUGGACCAUUUCCUCCACGGCCCGGACCCUCCAAAUUCACGCUCUAUGUCGAGCUGCCUCGCUUCGACUUUCCGGUCGUCUUUGCAGACCACGAGUAUCCACCCCUCCCGAUAUCAUCCUUGCAACACCUUUCUGCAUCGCAGUCCAAUUUCCUAAUGAAGCCUCCCCCGAGUGGCUUUGGGAGCCGAGUCGUCCGCAUAUACGAUCCAGAAGUGGGUGCUAGGGAAAAUCCAGCGGAGAGUAAGCAUCGACGCCUGGCCAGAAGCCAGCAUCGCCACGGCAUCCUGGACAAAGACCUCCGACCAAACGCCAAGGUCAGAGACGAGCUCAAUCUGAUAAUGUCAUAUUCGCCGACGCACGUCUUGACCUCGGACGAGAGAGAUUUGGUCUGGAAAUUUCGUUACCAUCUAUCCAAGGACAAGAGAGCUUUAACCAAGUUCGUCAAGUCCGUCAACUGGCAGGACUCGGGCGAGUCCAAGCUGGCCGUUCAAGUUCUGGUCAAGUGGACCGAGAUCGAUGUCGACGAUGCUCUAGAACUCCUCGGCCCAACAUUUGACAACUCAACCGUUCGAGCCUAUGCUGUAGAUCGCUUAAAAAAGGCAGACGACCACGAACUGCUGCUGUAUCUUCUACAGCUCGUGCAAGCGCUCAAGUUCGAACACAUCUCUGCCGAGUCGGACCAGUCAACAGUGCAAGCCUCUUCGCUUGCCAGCUUUCUCAUCUCUCGAGCGAUCAACAACUUCGCCCUCGGCAACUACUUCUUCUGGUACCUCAACGUCGAGUACGGUGACAAGAGCGAUGAUGUCGAUAACGAGCACAUCCGCAGCAUGUACGCCAAGGUCUCCUACGACUUUAUGUUGGAGAUGGAGAGGCAGCCUGGCGGCAAAGACAAACGCACGACAUUGAAGAGACAAGCAGAGCUGAUCACCGUGCUUUCAAAGAUCUCGGCUGAGAUCCGGUCAUCGAAUGAAACAGCUGCCCGGAAGGUUGAGAGGGUCAAAGCAUUCUUGUCAGACCCAAAGAACGAACUGUCAUUCAUAGACCCGCCUAUUCCUCUGCCUUUGGACCCAGAUGUUCUGGUGACGGGCGUGGUCACGGACGAGACACGCGUCUUCAAGUCUUCUCUGUCGCCGAUUAUGGUGACAUUCAAGACCGCGGCCGGCGGAAAGUAUCCGAUGCUGUUCAAGACUGGAGACGAUCUUCGCCAGGAUCAGCUCGUCAUACAAAUCAUAACACUCAUGGAUCAGCUGCUGCAGAAGGAGAAUUUGGACCUCAAGCUUUCGCCAUACAAGAUUCUUGCGACGAGUCCGACAGCCGGAGCAACUCAAUUUGUUCCGUCACAGACCUUUGCUGCCAUUGUCUCCAAAUAUCGCAACAACCCAGUUCUCGCAUUCCUCAAACAGCAUAACCCGGACGACCGUGCUUACCUUGGCCUCCGGAAAGAGACUCUCGACACAUUCGUAAAGUCCUGCGCCGGAUACUGUGUCAUCACCUACAUCUUGGGCGUUGGCGAUCGGCAUCUGGACAACCUGCUGCUUGCGCCCGAUGGCCACUUCUUCCACGCAGACUUUGGCUUCAUUCUGGGGCGGGACCCGAAACCAUUUGCGCCCGUUGUCAAGCUGAGCAAGGAAAUGGCCGAUGCCAUGGGUGGUGCCAACCCGCCAAGUGAGGCGUACAUGCAGUUCAAGCAGUAUUGUUUCCUCGCCUUUUCUGCCCUUCGCAAGUCUUCAAAUCUCAUUCUGAAUUUGUUCAGCCUGAUGGUGCACGCCAACAUUCCCGACAUCAAGUACGAGCCAGACAAGGCUGUUUCGAAACGGUUUCAUCUUGAUCUGAGCGAGGAGGAUUCGAUCAAGCAUCUCGACCUCAUCAUGGAGAACAGUCUGAACGGCAUCAUGCCUGUCGUGAUUGACCGCUUGCACGAAAUUGUGCAGGCAUGGAGAUAGAGGAAGCGCUUUAUAAAGCCCAAUAAAGGCAUUGUCGGUUUGUUCAAAGCUUGAAGUCGUGGGAGCCAGACCGUUGUACUGCGAAGACGAUUAGGUACAAGACAUUCACAGCACGGAAGGUUCAUUCAUACACGACGGCCCUCGCGCAUCUGGCUGGCGUUAAUGAACGUGUUGGGUCUGCA